CCAAAGAAAAAAGAGAACUGCCUUAGGUUUUUCGGAUGGUUUUCUUUUAUUUUAGGUCUUUUUAACCAGUAUCUAGGAAAACCAUGUAGAUAAUAGCACGUAUAAUUAUUCCUUGGUUACUGAAGCGUAUUUCUUUAGCAGUUUUGGUUGAAUUUUCUUUCAAAAAUUCGUAUUCAAAAUGGUGGAUGUUUUGAUGUGUGCAAGUUUCGAAGACACUUUUGAAAAGUUUUCCUAUGGAUACAGGGACGGGAACAAGAUACAAAGACUGACUUUAUCAGUGCCUAUACCACUGAAGAUAAGUGCUAAAGAGUUUUCUUGUCGCUUAAUCAAUGCACACAAGAUACCAUGCUAUCUAGAAGAAGAUUUGACGAAGGCUUUUGAGAACUUUCUCAAAAAGAGUGAAACCAAACUGUAUGACAAGAUGGCCGACCUUGCAAUCAACCAGGUUUUGACAUCAAAGGAGACAGCCAAUGAAUGCAUAAGCAUCUGGGCCAAUACCUUUAAACAGGAACAUUCUCAAUACUGUGUUACAAGUGACAUGAGUGAAGAUGCUGCUUUUGCUGAGAUAUAUCAUUCAUUGAUUCAUUCAGCUGCUCUGGAGACCCUGCUACAGUUAGAAAACUCAUAUGCCUUGUCACUACAAGAAUUGCUUUCGCACAGAGAUAAUGCUCUGAAAACUGCAGCAGAAAAGCAUAGUAAAGAGUUACAGAAUGCAAUAAGUGAUAUUGGACUGACCAAUACUGAUAGGGAUGUCAGUAAUAUUGCUGCUCGGCACUGCGAACAAUCCCAGAUGUUGGAAACUUAUUGGUCUAGUGAGCUGUCACAACUGCAGGAGAUGCAGAAGAGGGAGUACAGAGAAUGGGUUCUUAAAGUCCAUGAAGACACUACCAAACCAAAUGCAG